AUGGCUUCUCAGCCUGAAGAGCACAAGAAGAAGGUCAACUUGACCGACCCCUCCGGUGCCGAGGUCAAGCACGAAGAUGACACCGCCACUGCCAUUCUCAAGAAGAAGAAGAAGCCCAACCAGCUGAUGGUUACCGAUGCCGUCAAUGACGACAACAGCAUCAUCGCCCUGUCCGAGGCUACCAUGGACGCCCUCCAGCUCUUCCGCGGUGACACCGUCCUUGUACGAGGCAAGAAGAGAAAGGAGACGGUCCUGAUCGUUCUUGCCGACGAGGAGUUGGAUGAGGGAAGCGCCAGAAUCAACCGCGUUGUCCGCCACAAUCUCAGAGUCAAGCACGGUGACGUGAUCACCAUCUCCGCUUGCCCCGACAUCAAAUAUGCCAAGCGAAUUGCUGUGCUGCCUAUUGCCGACACCGUCGAGGGCAUUACUGGCUCACUAUUCGACGUUUUCCUCGCCCCAUACUUCCGCGAAGCCUACAGACCAGUCAAGCAAGGAGACUUGUUCAUCGUCCGUGGUGGUAUGAGACAAGUCGAAUUCAAGGUUGUCGAGGUGGAUCCCCCGGAAUACGGUAUCGUAGCUCAGGAUACCGUCAUUCACUGUGAGGGCGAACCUAUCCAGCGAGAGGAGGAAGAGAACAACCUGAAUGAGGUUGGCUAUGACGACAUUGGUGGAUGCCGCAAGCAGAUGGCUCAGAUCCGAGAAAUGGUUGAGCUUCCUCUCCGCCACCCUCAGCUUUUCAAGUCAAUUGGUAUCAAGCCACCUCGUGGUGUCUUGCUCUACGGUCCUCCCGGUACCGGUAAGACGCUCAUGGCUCGUGCUGUUGCCAACGAGACUGGCGCCUUCUUCUUCCUCAUCAAUGGUCCCGAGAUCAUGUCUAAAAUGGCCGGAGAGUCUGAGUCCAAUCUGCGAAAAGCCUUUGAGGAAGCAGAGAAGAACUCACCUGCCAUUAUUUUCAUUGAUGAAAUCGAUUCCAUCGCCCCCAAGCGUGACAAGACCAACGGUGAAGUUGAGCGUCGUGUCGUCUCUCAGCUGCUUACCCUCAUGGACGGUAUGAAGGCUCGUUCCAACGUUGUCGUCAUGGCCGCCACCAACCGACCCAACUCCAUUGACCCGGCUCUGCGACGAUUCGGUCGUUUCGACCGUGAGGUGGAUAUUGGUAUCCCCGACCCAACUGGCCGUCUGGAGAUUCUCCAGAUCCACACCAAGAACAUGAAGCUGGGCGAUGACGUCGAUCUGGAGCAAAUUGCUGCCGAGACCCACGGUUACGUCGGUUCUGAUGUUGCUGCUCUCUGCUCUGAGGCCGCCAUGCAGCAGAUUCGUGAGAAGAUGGAUCUCAUCGAUCUCGAUGAGGACACCAUCGACGCCGAAGUCUUGGACUCCCUAGGCGUCACCAUGGAGAACUUCCGAUUCGCUCUUGGCGUGUCCAACCCCUCUGCUCUUCGCGAGGUUGCUGUCGUCGAAGUCCCCAACGUUCGCUGGGAAGACAUUGGUGGUCUCGAGGAGGUCAAGCAGGAUCUCCGAGAGAGCGUUCAGUAUCCCGUCGACCACCCCGAGAAGUUCCUCAAGUUUGGUCUCUCCCCGUCCCGAGGUGUUCUUUUCUAUGGACCUCCUGGUACUGGUAAGACGAUGUUGGCCAAGGCCGUCGCCAACGAGUGCGCUGCCAACUUCAUUUCCGUCAAGGGACCCGAACUUCUCAGCAUGUGGUUUGGUGAAUCCGAAAGCAACAUCAGAGAUAUUUUCGACAAGGCCCGAGCAGCCGCUCCUUGCGUUGUUUUCCUCGACGAGUUGGAUUCCAUUGCAAAGGCUCGUGGUGGCUCUGUUGGCGAUGCUGGUGGUGCCUCCGACCGUGUUGUUAAUCAGCUGCUGACUGAAAUGGACGGUAUGACUUCAAAGAAGAACGUUUUCGUCAUUGGUGCUACCAACAGACCUGAGCAGCUCGACCCUGCUCUUUGCCGUCCUGGUCGUCUGGAUUCGCUCAUCUAUGUGCCCCUUCCUGAUGAGCCUGGCCGUCUUGGUAUUCUCAAGGCCCAGCUGCGCAAGACCCCUGUCGCUGGUGAUAUUGACCUUGGCUACAUUGCUUCCAAGACACAUGGCUUCUCUGGUGCCGAUCUGGGAUUCAUCACCCAGCGUGCCGUCAAGAUUGCCAUCAAGGAGUCCAUCUCACUUGACAUUGAGCGCACCAAGGCCCGUGAGGCUGCUGGAGACAACAUGGAUGUCGAUGAAGAUGCCGAGGACCCUGUUCCCGAGCUGACAAGGGCUCACUUCGAGGAGGCCAUGCAGAUGGCUCGCCGUUCCGUCAGCGAUGUGGAGAUCCGAAGAUACGAGGCCUUUGCACAGCAGAUGAAGAACGCCGGUCCUGGUGCCUUUUUCAAGUUCCCUGAUGGAACCGAGGGUGGUGACGCUGGCAACGCCGGCAACUCUUUCGGUGAUGCAGGCAACGAUGAUGAUCUCUACGACUAA